CACAUGCACUUCGGGGAGCCCAGGAGGCCGGCAAAUUCAGUCGCCCAAGCCGCCCGGGCCGCGCGGCGCGGACGCACGCCCAGACUCGCGCGAUCCGGAAUGAACCAUCUAUGCCCGCCGAGGGGGGGAUGGCGGGUCAGCUCCGCGCGGAGUCAGGGCCCGGACCCUGGGAGUCCCGAAGCAGCGCGGCCUGGAAUACCUUCUCGCAGGACGACCGGGGAGGGGCGGCUUUGCCAGGGCGGGCAGGAGCUGCGGGCGGGGUCAGCCUUCUCGCAGAUUCCACACCUCUUCCCUCCACCCCCCCCCCGGCGGUGAACUCGGCUGCAAGGCCCGGGGCCCACCGUUCCCGCUCCAAGGUUUCCCACCCGGGUUGGGGCGUGGAGAUCGCGGCGGCCGGGUGCACCGUGCGGGAGGUGGGGGACGGGGUCGGGGUGUCUGGCGCCCGUUGGGCCCACGCGGUGCGCGCGCGGGGUCGUCCCAGGAGGGACCCGUGGCCCCAUCACAGACCUCGCGCGUCCCACCGCCCCCUGGCCUCCGGGACCGCACAUCCCGCGUGGGCUCGCAUGGCGGACAAGAAACUGGUGGUGGUGUUUGGAGCCACAGGUGCUCAGGGGGGCUCAGUGGCCCGGACGCUCCUGGAAGAUGGGACAUUCAGGGUUCGAGUGGUGACGCGGGACCCUGGGCAGAAGGCAGCAAAGGAGCUGAGGCUGCAGGGUGCAGAGGUGGUCCAAGGAGACCAGGAUGACAAGGCCAGCAUGGAGCUGGCCCUUAGUGGGGCCCAUGCUGCCUUCAUUGUGACCAACUACUGGGAAAACUGCAGCCAGGAGCAGGAGGUCAAGCAGGGAAAGCUGCUGGCCGAUCUGGCCAAGCGCCUGGGCCUUCACUACGUGGUCUACAGCGGCCUGGAGAACAUCAAGAGGCUGACGGCUGGGAAACUGGCAGCAGGCCACUUUGAUGGCAAAGGGGAGGUAGAGGAAUAUUUCCGGGACAUUGGAGUUCCCAUGACCAGUGUGCGGCUGUCCUGCUAUUUUGAGAACCUCCUCUCCUACUUCCUGCCCCAGAAAGCACCUGAUGGAAAGAGCUACUUGCUGAGCUUGCCCAUGGGUGAUGUGCCCAUGGAUGGCAUAUCUGUGACCGACCUGGGUCCCGUGGUGCUCAGCCUGCUGAAGAUGCCGGAAGAAUACGUUGGCCGGAACAUUGGGCUCAGCACCUGCAAGCACACAGCAGCAGAGUACGCCGCCCUGCUCUCCAAGCACACCGGGAAGGCCGUGCGCAACGCCAAGACGACUCCGGAGGACUACGAGAAGUAUGGCUUCCCUGGCGCCCGGGACCUGGCCAACAUGUUCCGUUUCUAUGCCCUGAAACCUGACCGUGACAUCGAACUGACCCUGAGGCUCAACCCCAAGGCCAGGACGCUGGACCAGUGGCUGGAGCAGCACAAAGGAGACUUUGCUGGUCUCUGACCCUGCCACCUCUCAGCCCCGUCUGGGGGCAUGGGGAGGUGUCACAGUGAUCCGUUCUUGUGUUACAAAAAAAAUUAUUUUUUAAAUAAAGGCCAUUGUUCUCACAGA